GCGUUUUUACGCUGCGUAAUUCAGGUUUAAGACCCUGUUUUACUGUGUUUUGUGUCUGUUUAUAACAGCAAGAAAGUGCCAGUAGUUAGAUUGUGUUACGUGGUAGCGUGUUGGUGUUUGAAACAAAGCUAUGAAAGUCUGUGGCAGCUCGCGUGAGCGGGUCAUGGUUGGGGAGAUGAAUUUCCUUUAGGAGGAAAAACAAAGCGCUAUGUAUCUCUGUUCAGUAAUGCACGGCUCAAGGGCAAAAAGCAGACCCGCAGUCUGAAUGGGGGGCAUAUGGACUUACUAUGCCAGUGAUGUUAAUAUCGGAAAAGUGGAGGGAAAUAUAUCCUCUUUAUUCAUGCAAGGCAAAAGGCGACCCCGGCUGAGGCCGAAUUACCAUGCAGAGGGAGUUAAAUGUGGCGCCUGUUGGAGUAACAAAAAAGAGGGAACCGGUGCUGGAUUCUCGUCCCUAAUGCAAAGGUCUGCUGGUGAUUUAGAAGGCCGUGUAACCUGAAUUAGUUGAUGAAUUUUCUAUCGAUCCUAAACAAGCCAGAUUUAUCUCUGACACGGUGCUGCUGCUGGGUGGCGACGCAGCCAGGCCACUCUCCCACUCCGCGUUAUUAGCGAUUUAAAAGACAGAGAGAGAGAGAGAGAGAGAGAGAGAGAGAAGGGGCUUUGGCAAUCACGUCCAUACACACACCAAAUAUAUAUACACGGAGUGGUGCAGGCGCCACUUUAAAUCCCCCCGAGCACUUUCCUUCUGUUUUUUUCUUUCUUUUUUGAAGUUGCAGCCAGACGCGUAACAGGGGGAGAGUUUGCAAUAAGAGAGGACUUGUCAUACUGUACUCUCGUGUGUGUCCUCCUGCAGGACCGGAAUGUGUUUUCAGCCCGUCAGACGCGCUUUGUUAUUGUUGUGAUUCUCUGGCUGCUUAGGACGGCAUGCGUGCCGACAUGUGGCGGAGAGAUAUGGAGAGGGAAGCGGGCACGAGGAGGGGAAAGGGAGAAAGGGGGGAGUAUUGUAAGACUGUGAAUGCCCACAAACCGAGGCCAUAUGAUGAUGCGCGUGCGGGGGCCGUGUAUAUGCUUAAUCCCAUUUCCUUAUCCGGGCUUCGUUCAGGGCGCGUGCCAUUGGCCGCCUCUCGUCACGUGGCUUCUUAACUUUGUUCACUUGACAGAAAAGUAGGAGGGUUCAACGGAACAGGAAUAACCGAAGAGUAAAGGGAUGAGAUAUAAAUUUUAGUUAUAUAUUUUCCGAGUAGGUGCAAUUCCACAAAAAGACUGAAAUUAAUGGCCAUGAGCUCCUAUUUGAUCAACUCCAACUAUGUGGACCCGAAGUUCCCACCGUGCGAGGAGUACUCACAGAGCGACUAUCUGCCCAGCCACUCUCCGGACUAUUACAGCUCCCAGAGGCAGGAGGCUGCUGCCUUCCAGUCGGACUCUCUCUACCACCACCAUCAACAACACCACCCACAGCACCAGAGCCACCACCACCAGCGCGCCGAGCCGCCCUACACGCAGUGCCAGGGUCCGGGGCAGCCCGCCUCGGUGGUGAUGUCCCCUCGAGGUCACGUCCUCCCCCCGGUCGGGCUGCAGACCACCCCCGUCCCGGAGCUGAGCCACCGCUGCGAGUCGGUGACACCCAGCCCGCCUCCGCCCGCGUCUUGCGGCCAAACGCCCCACAGCCAAAGCACUUCGUCCCCUACGAGCACUCGCAAGGACCCCGUCGUGUACCCGUGGAUGAAGAAAGUCCAUGUAAACAUCGUGACUUCAAACUACACAGGGGGUGAGCCGAAGCGCUCGCGGACAGCCUACACGCGCCAGCAGGUCCUGGAGCUCGAGAAGGAGUUCCACUACAACCGGUACCUGACGCGCAGGCGCAGGGUGGAGAUCGCGCACACGCUGUGCCUGUCAGAGCGCCAGAUCAAAAUCUGGUUCCAGAACCGAAGGAUGAAAUGGAAGAAAGACCACAAGCUGCCCAACACCAAGGUCCGCUCCGGGACAAACAGCAACACAAACUCCCAGGCUCUAACCGGCUCCCAGACCCGCAGCGGGCCCCUAUAGCCCAGCUCUGAGUAUUUUGCCCUCCUUGGUUCCCAAACUGAACCACACGUGUAACCACCGGAGCCUGCACUUUGGACCGGAAUAACGCCUUUGCUCUGGAGGGAGGGAGGGAUGUCGUUGCCCGCUCGGCCCUGAUUUGUGCUGAUGUUACACACUAUAAUAGACGUUCUGAGUGGGAGGGGUGGAGGGGAGCUGUCCCAUUCAUAAAUAUAUGAAAUGAACAAAAAUAGGCGAAGAAGGAGACUGAGAACUGAGAAAAUGAUGCGGCCGCUUCUUUGCUUUUCUCCCCUCAUCGUCCGUCUGCUCCCUCUCUCCCACCUUUUAUAUUUCUCUCUUUUUAUACUCCUCUCUCUUCCUCUUUAUGACAGAGCAUAAGGCGGUAGGCUGAGGAUAAUGUGCCCGCGUGCGUGCGUGCUUUUUUUUCACCCGCCCCUUUUUUUUUUUUUUUUUUUUUUUGGUGAAGAUGGAUCCUCGUUUUCAUCUUUAAUCAUGCCAAACUCGGGCCCCAUUUGUCAUGUUUACUCUGCGGGUACAAAGCAAAGGGGUGAACCGCGGCUCUGCCCAUUACCCCUCGCCCCUACACCCCCCCAUCUCCUCCUCCUCCUCCUGCACCCCCACCAAACCGCCACCCCCCACCCCGCUCAAACACGCACGUGUAAUAAAUGGAACUCUCGUUUUGUCAAGAGAAGUAUUCUUACACCCCCGACACACACACACACACACACACACACACACACACACACACACACACACACACACACACACACACACACACACACACACACACACACACAGUCCUUAUAGUACUCUCUAACAUCAAAUAUAACCUCCGUUAUGAUCCAAAAUGACACCAUGACAGUUAUUUCUGUCUUGCUGUUAUUAUAAAAUUUGUUGUUAUUUCAGUUUUUUUCUGUUUGUUUCAUGACAAAAUAUAGCUUUUUAAAUUUUAAUUAUAGUUAUUUUUAAAUUCAGUGUUGAUUGUAAAAAAAUACUUUAUGCUGUUAUUUGCUGAGAAUGACAAGGAGCGUUUAUAUGGUCCGUUGAUUGUUCAUGUUGUGAUGUUGUAUACAGGGAAACAGACUGACAGGGUGAUACAGGUGAAAUAAAGGUAAUAAAAUAAAAUAAAAUAAGGCAUUUUUUGUCCACU